CUCAUGGGAUUCGUAAUGAGAUCUUGUUCUCAGUUUUCGAGCAUCAAAAUCAUCAAGAUACUCUACUGUUCAUUUGUGCGUAGUGCCCUGGAAUAUUGUUCACAGAUCUGGUAUCCACAGUAUAACAUAUACAUCAAUAGAUUAGAAAGUAUACAACGUAAGCUGAUGAGAUUCUUGCAGUAUAAAUGUAAAAAAUACGAUGCCUCAUAUGAAUCCAGGUGUAAGAGACAUCAUAUACUGCCUUUGAGUGAGAGACGUAGAAUCGCAGACGUUGUGCUGUAUGUGAAAAUAGCACAGUCUCAAAUAGAUACGCCAGACCUUCUUUCCUCAAUUAAACUUAAAGUACCAAACAGAUCAGUCAGACGACCUACUGCAAUCUGUAUUCCUCAAUGUUCUACAAAUUAUAGACAGAACUCUUUCCUUGUGCGAGCAGCGGCCCAGGUGAACGGGCUCGUCGAUGAUCGUGAGCUGGACCUGUUCAACUCCAAACCAGUAGAUUUUAAAAAAACUAUGUCGAAAGAGUGGUUUGAGUUGGUUCCCUGACCGGAAGUUCUUAUGUUCCUGUUUUAUAUUUUAUUUUUUAUCUUUAAGUAUGUUGUUUAGUUUGCAGCGUAAUUUGUGGCGUAAAAAGUAUAAAAUAAUUUAAGUAUAUUAGUAAACAUUAUUUCAGUUAUUGUAUGCGAAAACAUAUAAUUGGUGUAAAGCUUUAUAUUCAGAUAGUUAAUAAGUCAAUUAACACUGUUUGUUUUCCGAAUAAAGUAAAA